AUGAGGCCGCGGCCCGACGGUAGGGGGCUCCUAGCGGGAGCCGCGCUGUCGCCCGCGCUGCUCCUGCUGCUGCUGCUGCCGCCGUCGCCGCCGCUGCUGGGGCGCCUGUGGGCAGCGGGCACGCCCGCGCCGUCGGCGCCCGGGGCUCGGCAGGACGGCGCGCUCGGCGCGGGCCGCGUGAAGCGCGGCUGGGUGUGGAACCAGUUCUUCGUGGUGGAGGAGUACACGGGCACCGAGCCCCUGUACGUGGGCAAGAUCCACUCGGACUCAGACGAGGGUGACGGGGCCAUCAAGUACACCAUCUCAGGCGAGGGUGCGGGGACCAUCUUCCUGAUCGACGAGCUGACUGGUGACAUCCAUGCCAUGGAGCGCCUGGACCGGGAACAGAAAACCUUCUACACGCUGCGGGCCCAGGCCCGGGAUCGCGCCACCAACCGCCUGCUGGAGCCCGAGUCGGAGUUCAUCAUCAAGGUGCAGGACAUCAAUGACAGCGAGCCCCGCUUCCUGCACGGCCCCUACAUCGGCAGCGUGGCCGAGCUCUCGCCCACAGGCACGUCGGUGAUGCAGGUGAUGGCCUCGGAUGCGGAUGACCCCACGUACGGCAGCAGCGCCCGGCUGGUGUACAGCCUGCUGGACGGCGAGCACCACUUCACCGUGGACCCCAAGACCGGCGUGAUCCGGACGGCUGUGCCUGACCUCGACCGUGAGAGCCAGGAGCGCUACGAGGUGGUGAUCCAGGCCACAGACAUGGCGGGUCAGCUGGGUGGCCUCUCGGGCUCCACUACCGUCACCAUCGUGGUCACCGACGUCAACGACAACCCGCCUCGCUUCCCACAGAAGAUGUACCAGUUCAGCAUCCAGGAGUCGGCCCCCAUCGGCACGGCCGUGGGGCGAGUGAAGGCCGAGGACUCGGACGUGGGCGAGAACACGGACAUGACUUACCACCUUAAGGAGGAAAGCGGCAGCGGUGGCGACGUGUUCAAGGUCACCACAGACGGCGACACUCAGGAGGCCAUCAUCGUAGUGCAGAAGCGCCUGGACUUCGAGUCCCAGCCCGUGCACACCGUGGUCCUGGAGGCCCUCAACAAGUUCGUGGACCCGCGCUUCGCCGACCUGGGCACUUUCCGCGACCAGGCGAUCGUGCGCGUGGCCGUGACCGACGUGGACGAGCCCCCCGAGUUCCGGCCGCCCUCCGGCCUCCUGGAGGUGCAGGAGGACGCGCAGGUGGGCUCCCUGGUCGGCGUGGUGACGGCGCGGGACCCCGACGCCGCCAACCGGCCCGUCCGGUAUGCCAUUGACCGCGAAUCGGAUUUGGACCAGAUCUUCGAUAUCGAUGAGGACACGGGCGCCAUCGUGACUGGCAAGGGGCUGGACCGCGAGACGGCCGGCUGGCACAACAUCACAGUGCUGGCCAUGGAGGCGGACAAUCAUGCCCAGCUAUCCCGGGCGUCCCUCAGGAUCCGAAUCCUGGACGUGAACGACAAUCCCCCAGAACUGGCCACACCCUACGAGGCAGCUGUGUGUGAGGACGCCAAGCCAGGCCAGCUCAUCCAGACCAUCAGCGUGGUGGACCGGGACGAGCCCCAGGGUGGGCACCGCUUCUACUUCCGCCUGGUGCCCGAGGCUCCCAGCAACCCUCACUUCUCUCUGCUCGACAUCCAAGACAACACGGCCGCAGUACACACGCAGCACGUGGGCUUCAACCGGCAGGAGCAGGACGUGUUCUUCCUGCCCAUCCUGGUGGUGGACAGCGGGCCACCCACGCUGAGCAGCACGGGCACACUCACCAUCCGCGUCUGCGGCUGCGACAGCUCCGGCACCAUCCAGUCCUGCAACACCACGGCCUUCGUCAUGGCCACCUCGCUCAGCCCCGGCGCCCUCAUCGCCCUCUUGGUCUGCGUCCUCAUCCUGGUCGUGCUGGUGCUGCUGAUCCUCACCCUCAGGCGCCACCACAAGAGCCACCUGAGCUCGGACGAGGACGAGGACAUGCGGGACAACGUCAUCAAGUACAACGACGAGGGCGGCGGCGAGCAGGACACCGAAGCCUACGACAUGUCGGCGCUGCGGAGCCUCUACGACUUCGGCGAGCUCAAGGGCGGCGACGGAGGCGGCGGCGGGGCCCGGGGGGGCGGCGGCGGCGCGGGCGCGGGCGCGGGCGCGGGCGGGGCCGCGGGGAGCCCCCCGCAGGCCCACCUGCCCUCCGAGCGCCACUCGCUCCCUCAAGGGCCGCCGAGCCCCGAGCCGGACUUCUCGGUGUUCAGGGACUUCAUCAGCCGCAAGGUGGCGCUGGCGGACGGGGACCUGUCGGUGCCGCCCUACGACGCCUUCCAGACCUACGCCUUCGAGGGCGCGGACUCGCCGGCCGCCUCGCUCAGCUCGCUGCACAGCGGCUCGUCGGGCUCCGAGCAGGACUUCGCCUAUCUCAGCAGCUGGGGCCCGCGCUUCCGGCCCCUGGCCGCGCUCUACGCCGGCCACCGCGGGGACGACGAGGCCCAGGCCUCCUAGCCCCGCCCCUGCCGUCGGGGGCUCGCCCGCCCAGGACCCACCGAGGACAAGGCAUUUCCCCGCUCGCCCCCUUCCCCAGCCCUCUCACCCUCCCCUGGCGGCCGGACGCGAGGGGGCCUCGUUAGGGGCGGACUCUUGGACCCCUCCUCUGGGGGCGCAGCCUCCAGGCCCAGAGGUGCAGAAUUACGACCAACGUCAUUAAAACUGAGGCCAGACCGGGCACUGCGUGGCUCUGGGGUUGGAAGGGGAGACGGGGGUGGCGUGGCUGCGUCGAAGGGGCAGGUUACUCAACCCGGGCUGCGGGGAGGAUGCUGCUGAGCUGUCCCCGCCCAGGCCUCCCCCCAUCCGAGUUCAGUGGAAGGAAGGGCUGUUCGUUACCGUGUGCUGGGACGCUGUACGGAGAUCCUCUUAGUCGUCAUAGAAACCAGGAAGUGGGGUCCUGCACGGAACAGAUGGGGAAAGCCCCCCGCCCAGAAGUGGCUGUGACCUGUCCAACGACACCUAGCCAGUGAAUGGUGGUGCGUCAGGCACGGACCAGCUGCGUGGCCUUGGGCAAGUCACCUCACUUCUCUGGGCCUGUUUCCUCAUCUGUCAAAUGAGGUUAAUAACAGAACCCACCUCAAAGAGUUGUGAGGAUAAAAAGGGUUCAUAUGCGUCACGUGGUUAGGACAGUGCCCGGCACAUAGUAGGUGUUCAGUAAAUGUUAGCCUUUGUUACU